AUGGACUUGAGGAACCACAGUGCUAUCAGGGAGUUCAUCCUCCUUGGACUUUCUUCUGAUCCCCUCACCCAGGCUCUGCUCUUCAUGCUCUUCCUGGGAGUUUACCUCCUGACCCUGCUGGGGAACCUGAUGAUGCUUCUGGUGAUCAGAACUGAUUCUCACCUACAUAUACCCAUGUACUUUUUCUUGAGUAAUCUAUCCUUCCUGGAUCUAUGUUUAUCUUCCAUCAUUGUGCCCAAGAUGCUGGAAAACCUUAUGUCUGAAACAAAAUCCAUCUCAGUAGAGGGUUGUCUAACUCAAAGCUUCUUUGUGUUUUUCACUGCAGGGACUGAGGCCAUUCUGCUUUCAGUGAUGGCCUAUGAUCGUUAUGCUGCUGUCUGCUACCCUCUGCUCUAUGGCAAGGUGAUGAGUAAAGAGCUGUGUGUGCAUCUUAUGUGGGGAUCAUGGGGCUUGGGUUUUCUCAAUGCCCUCAUCAAUGCCCUCCUAGCUGUGAAACUGGACUUUUGUGAUAACCAUACCAUUAGCCACUACAGCUGUGAGCUGCCUUCUCUCUUUCCUCUAUCCUGCUCCAAUAUUACCGUCAACCUCACAGUCCUAGUCUGUUCCAUUCUGCUGCAAGGACUUGGGACUCUUUUCCCAAUCUUCUUUUCCUAUGCCCACAUUGUCUCAACUAUUCUUAAUAUCACUUCCACCUCUGGUAGAAACAAGGCUUUCUCCACAUGCUCCUCUCACCUCACUGCAGUGAGCUUAUUCUAUGGCUCAGGUUUUCUACGCUACCUCAUGCCAACUUCAGGCUCAUCCCUGGAGCUGAUUUUCUCUGUGCAGUACAGUGUAGUCACUCCCAUGCUGAAUCCCUUCAUUUACAGUUUAAAAAACAAAGAGGUAAAGGUAGCUGUGAGAAGAACACUUGGAAAGUAUUUGUCAUGUGUCAGGUGGAAAUAG